UCGAGAUUUCAGAUUAGUGCUUCAGUAGUCGUGACCAUUAAGAAUUUCGGGCUUGGUUAAACUUAAUUUCUUAUUUUUUUCUUAUUUUUUAAUGUGUUACUGUUUUUUAUUGUUACCUAUCUAGUUUCGUAAAAUCGCGUCCGAAAUAUAAAACCAAAUUUCAUCGCCCUGGGUAUUUUCCCGUGUAUUAUCAGUUUUAGUUAUAUUUGACAUGUCUGUUCUGAAAUUAUAGUAGUUGAGAUGUCUGAUGACAUACCACCUCUGAUACCCGAAACUCCACCUCCCAUGACCAAAUUGGACUGGGAAGAUGAUGAGGAUUUUAUGGACUACCCUCAUCUGGCCUUGGAACUGCCGUCUGAGUCUAGUUUAAGUCCAGAUGGUGGGUGGAAUCCUAUUGACGAAUUAUCACUUCCUUAUGAUGGUGAUGACGUUCACGAAACAGCGGUUUGUAUUGAAGCAAAUACCAAUGAAAGCUUGUCAAAACUGCCGUCAAGUAUUGCAAAGAAUGACCUAUCCAUGGAAUCAUCAUUAUCUGAACAAGAGCCUAGUUUACAUCAAAACAAUUUAUCCAUAUGGAAAGAUAAAAAAGAUGUGCCUUGUGAAAAUAUAAAAAAAUUAACGUCCAAUGACAGUUGUGAUAAUGUCAAUGAAAUAGACUGUAAUACAGAGAUCAAACACAAUGAAUCCUCUGAAAAUGUAAUAGAUAAUAAUAGGAAAAUAAUUAAUGAUGACUUGUCUUUAACUUCUGAACAAUAUAUUUCUGACUUAGUAAAUAUAAAAAAUAAUAUAAUACCACAACAUUUACCAAAUUUAGUACUUCAAUUAAAUAACUAUGAAGUAUACGAAAAUAAUGAGAUUUAUCAACCUAAAACCAAUGCUAAUAAUGAAAAAUCAACUGGUCAAGAUAUCUUGGUUAAUGGUCAUUUAGAAUGUGUAGAUAUUGAAGAAUCAUCCAAUCAAACCAACUGUGUUCAAAAUGUUUUAUUAGACGAUUUAAAAAAUGAUGUAAGUGAUACUGAUACGCCUAAUGGUAUGUAUGCAAUGUUAGUUGAUAAUUUAUCAAUUAAUAAUAAUAAUAUUAUGAUUAAAAAUGAUCAAGAAGAGUAUACAGAUUUCUGUGAUUUUGAAACUGAUUUGCCUCAUUCUUUAAAUGUGCCUUUACCAAACAGAACAUCACAAGAACAUCAUGAAAUUAUUGAAGAUCCUCAGACUGUUGAUCAACAUGAUUUUGAUAAAAUACCUUUAACACAGUUUAAUGACGAACACUGUAAAAUGUUGAAAAAUAUUUCUAUAUUAGUUGAGAAUAAAAAAGAACAAAAUGUAGAAUCUAUUAAUCCUAAUUGUUCAACAUUUCAAUAUAACAAAAUUAAUGUUGAGCAUAAUUCAGAUUCUGAAUUUGAUGAAUUCUCUGACUUUCAUGUAUUUCCAACUUCAACUACCAAAAAAAAAUCAAUAUGUGAUACAAAUGAUGAUGAUGAUGAUGAUGAUUUUUGUACAUAUGAAACUUGUAGACAAGAUUUUAAUGACACGGUAGAGUUAAAACAUUCCAAUGUGAAAUGUGUAACCAGUAAUGAUUCAGUAUUGAAAUCUGAGAACCAAAAUAGUAUAAUUAACAAUGAUGAUGAUGACAAUUUCUGUGAUUUUGAAUCUGGUUACACUACAUCAGGUUUUCAUACAAGUGAUCAAGUUAUAGAUUUAAAACAAAGUUAUGCAAUAUUAGAUUCAGAAUCCCGUGUUCAACUUGAUUAUAAACAAUUUUGUAAAGACGCUUUUCAAGGAGAUUAUGAGUUAUGUGAGGAAGCUGAUUUUCAAAACUUAGAUAAUGAGUUAAAUGAGUCUCAAGUUUGGCAGAGUUUAAAAGAUGUAGACUCAAGUCCAGCCCUCAACUAUAAUUGGACCAAAUCGGAAUCAAAUAAUGUUUUUCUUGCUUCACUCUCGAUUGAUUCUAGGAACAUAUUGUAUGGUGCUUCUUGGAACCCAAAAGUCCCUAGAUUUGCCGCAAAUAUGUCUAACAAUCCAUUGGAACCAUUAAAAGCUUCUAACAAUGACACAACUGAUACAAAAAUAUCACAAUCUUUUUCCAAUGGUCCAAUGCAGGAUACAGUACCGGACCCUGAAUUCGACUGGAAAAGCAGUGGUUUAAUAAAUCCAUUGGACUCCACAAGAAUUAAUAGAUGGAAAUUAAUAUAUCAUUCUAAAUUAACGGCAUUGGUAAACACUUAUAUUAAGAUAAAGAGUGUUGUAUUUUUGGUUGUUCAUUAUCUUUUUUUGUAUAUUUUAUACGUUUAAAAAAUUAUUUUCCCAUAUAUAGGAUGAAUUUAUAAGCAUUCAAUAAUAUAUAUGGUAUAGUCCAUUUAACGUAAGACGCUCAUUAUUUCAGAAUACAUUUAUGUAUUUGAAUAUAUUUCUUUUACAGAAUUUUUAAAUCAUUACAAGACAACAUUUUUAGGAAAAAAAAAUAUUUUUCACUGUUUUUAUUGUUGUAACUUUUAAAUGACAACAUACGUUUUCAAUUUUACAUUCUGAAGCAAAAUAUUAACUGGAGUAUAUAGUCUAUAAAAAUCUUGAUAAAAAUCAAAUUUCGGGCAACUAGUUUAUUAGUUAUAACUUAUAAGUGUUUAAAGCUUUGAUGAUUGGAAUAGUGGACCAGAAUUUAGUGGGAUAUUCCUAUACCACACUCAUCCGCUCAUCUAAGGUUUAAAUACUUGUAAGUUAUAACUCAUAAACUACUUGUUCAAAAUUGUAUUUUUGAUUUAUAUGUAUUAAAGUAUUCCAAAGAAUAUUAUACUUCAAAAUACCUAAUUAAAAAUGCAUGUUGUCACUAAAAACAGUAAAACAUUUGGAUAAUAUAUUAAAUAGGUAUUGUUUAUUAAUGACUUAAUAUUGUGUGAAAAAAAAUACUUUCUAAAAUAUAAAUAUUUUUUGAAAUAAUAAGUAUCUUACGUCAAAUGGAUCACCUGGUAUGUAAUGUUUACAAUAUGUAAAUUAUAAAAUUGUCUGUACACUGAGCUUUUUGUCAAUAAGUUUUAUGUGUAGAGUAUAUGAUAUGUUUACAAUUGUAGUGUGUAUCUUAUGAUUUUGUUCAUGCAAUUAUUUCUUGGCAUCUCAGUAAACUUUCUCUGUGUGAACAAAGUAUAAUUUUCUAACUGUAUAUGACUACAAGUUCUAUACAAGUAUUAAGACAAAUUCCAUAAUCAUUACUUAUUACCAAUUUCAUUCUUACGACCAAAAUAAUGUACCAAAAAAUAUAAUAUCCGAAUCCAUAUAAAAAUGACAGCCAACAUGUUAUCUCUUAAGAGGAUGCCAUACUCGCAUGUGUUGUCUCCGUCUUAAUAACGUGUAACAUACCAAAUUUACGCUCAGAAAUUCACAUUUUAUGCCGUUAGCUUAAAAAUUAGAGUGAAUUAAUAUAUUAUGGAACUUGAUAGUAAGAACAUUAUCUGUGUUUUGUUGGAAGUUUUUUUACGAUAAUUCAGUAUUUAGGUGAGUUAUGUGUGUAUAAUAAAUUUAAAUUUAAAAUGCUCAUAACUCACUUAGAAACUUAAUGAUCGUAAAAAAACACAGAUAAUGUUCUUAGCAUCUAGUUUCAUAAUAGGUGAUUUACUCUAAUUUUUAAGCCAACAGCAUAAAACGUGUAUUUCUGAGCGUACAUUUGGUAUGUUAAGCGGUUUUAAGACGGAGACAACACAUGCGCGUGUGGCGUCCUCUUAAAAAUUUACAUUUUAAGUAUAUAUUUUUAUUUCUAAUUAUAUUUUUUCAAUUCAGUUAGAUAUGAAACAGUAUUAAUUAACAUUAUUGAAUUUUUCAUAUUUUUUAAAUUAAACUGGUCAAAUACAUUGUUCAACAUUUGUGAUACAGAUAAACAAUUAAUUAAAAUAGUUUAACAUUUUUAAUAUAGCCAAGAUUUUUUAACUUUGUCUUAUGUAAUAUGAAAUCUAGUUUCUUAUGUCAAGCCAACUUAUUAAUACCUACCACCAUUUGUGUUGAAAAGGAAAUAACGGUAGUUAAUCAAUUUUUGCUAAAAAUAUACAAAUAUUUUAAAUUGUUAUUUUAUAAUCUGAUAAUUUAUCUGUCUCAAAUGCUUUUUACUAAAUUAAUUGCCUUUUCAUCAUGCUUAAAAUAAUUGUUAACUGGUGGUGGAGCUAAACAUGCAUUUAUUGUGGGCUAAUUAGGUAAUCAUACGUCGCUACUCGAUCUUGAACUCCUUGAUACACUUGCACCAUGCUGUACAAAUGCUCGUGAGUAUUUCUGUUUUUGCUUAAUGUGUAAUAAUUUGUAACAAAAUAAUGUUGUUAAGAGGAUGCUAUACCAGUAUGUGUUGUUUCUGUCUUAUAAAAUGUAAAAUAUACCAAGUGCAGAACUAAUUUUAAUACAGGAGUGAAUUGACCUAUUAUCAUACUUUAAGAUGAUAACAUAAUCCGUGUCAUGGAUAAUUUUUAUGUAAUUUUAAUUUAAAUAAGUUAUUAACAUUUUGUAAGUCGUAUAUUGUUUAAAUAUUAUUUCAUGUACUCAAAUCUUUCUUAACAAUUUUAAUGUCAUAAGAAACCAACAUACAAAUACUGAUAAUGUUAUUACUUUUUACCUUUUACACGUUAACCACCAUGUGCUGUGGGCGGCCAUCCUGCAAUGUUCAAUUUCUAUACUUUGAUGCCCACCGGCAUCCAUAGUUAAUCAUUACUACCACGCCAUAUGACUGCCGGCAACAGUAAAUUAAUAUGGUUUUAUAUUAUUAACUUAUCCAUGGUUCUACAAUAAUGAACAAAAAAAAAACACAGUGGUGUUUAGGAACCAUUACAAUAUUUUGAUGUAAUAAAAAUAUUUUUUUUAUUGUAUUUUAUAUUUUUAAAUACAAUACCAUAUUCAAAUUUGGAAUGAUUUGGAGAAAAUAUGCCUGGCGUAUCAUUAAUACAAUAUUGUAUGGCUGCCCACAUGAUGGUUAGAUAAUUGGUCGUUUCACUCCAAUAUUAAAGCUAACAACAUAAAAAUAGAUAUGUUGUAUAUUUCUAAGAUAAACACAACAUAUGUGGGUAUUCUAUGCAUUUAUGCAUUGCUUUGCUGUUAAUGUUAAAUGUUCUUAAACUUAAAAAUUGAGGUAAUUUAUUUUGUAAUAGUUGUUGUGGUACCAUUUUCAUGAAUUAUUCUAAUUUUUAAUACAUUAAUAAUAUAUAAUUAUAUUCUAAAUAAUAAGAUGUAUGUUUUAAUUGUAAAUAUAAUGUUACAAUUAUUAUGAGUGUUAUCAUUUAUUGUUAUUAUUAUAAUUAUAUAAGUAACAAAAUAAUGAUGAAAGAUACAUUUUUACCAACUUAUUGUCAUUUAGGUACAAAAUUGUAAUUUUACCUUAUAUACUAUUAUUAUAUAAAUUGCUUCAAUUAUUUUAAAAAGUGUACAUUUGCAUAGUAUUGUUGUUUGUUAGAGUCUUAUUAAAUUCAUACCAUUCAUAAUUCUUUUGUCUUAUUUUGGUUUUCAUACUUGAAAAAUAUUUUUGUAUACAUUUCAAUAAUACUGUGAAAAUGUACAUAAAUAAUUAAAGUACCUAUGUAUUGAUACUAACAUUUGGAUAUUAUUUUGAGAAUUAAUGAGUGAUACAUUUACUCCCAAACAUAAAUUAAAUAUUGUAAUUUAUAUAUAUAUAUUUUUUAAUAUACAAUAUUAAUAACAGUUUUCUUGUCACAUCUGUAUUUCAUUCGUAUAUUUUAAUAUUCUGAUUUGUGUUACUUA